AUGGCACUCAAAUCGAUCGGUGGUGGUGGAGUCGUAACAGCAUGCCAAUCUUUGAAUUCUCCUUCAGUGCUAUCAUCAAAAAUCAAUUUUAAUUUGUAUCUCUUUGUCUCAUUGACUUGUAUCGAAAACGUAUUUAGCUUCAUAUUAUUUACCGUUGAGAAAUUCAUCUUUCGCCAUUCCGUUUGA